UCUCAUUCUACAUUCUUGCCUACUUCCAUCUCAACUGUUUCAUUAACUUCACGUAUUUUCUACAUCUUCAACCUCUGUAGAUCACCCACAAAUCAUAAUGUGUGGCCGAUACGCCUUAGGCGUGGUGUGUCCCCAGUCCCACCAGCCACUAUAAAUAUAUAGUUACUUCGAUCUAACAUACCCCAGCGCAUGGCCUACGUCCGCAAUCGCAUGCAACAACAAGGCCUCCAAGUCGACCAAGCUCCCGACGACGAUGACGUUCGAGAAACCUUCAACUUCGCCCCGGGCAACAACGGUGCUGUCUACUGCGCGCAGCUCCCGUCGCCCGCUCCCUCCGACAGUGUCCCCGACCACGAACCGGAGCAGCAGCAGCAGCAGCAGCAGCAGUCAUCACCCGAGACAGAACAGAAUGCGGAGAAAGACACACCCACCUACAAAAUCCAGAGCAUGAAAUGGGGCCUCGUGCCCUUCUGGACGAAGCGCAAACCGGACUACGGCUCGCUCAUGCGCACCAUCAACUGCCGGGACGACUCGCUGAGCGAAGACCGCGGAAUGUGGACGUCGAUGAAGCGCACCAAGCGCUGCGUGGUUAUUUGUCAGGGAUUCUACGAGUGGUUGAAGAAGGGGCCUGGGGGGCGGGAAAGGGUGCCGUAUUUUGUGAAGCGUAAGGACGGUGACUUGAUGUAUUUUGCGGGGUUGUGGGAUAAUGUUACUUAUGAGGGAUCCAACGAGAGCCUCUACAGCUACACGGUCAUCACCACGUCGACGAACUCCGAUUUGAGAUUCCUCCACGACCGCAUGCCGGUCAUCUUGGACCCCAACAGCGAGGCGAUGAAGACGUGGCUGGACCCCCAUCGCAGGACGUGGUCCAAAGAGCUACAGGCUAUCCUGAAGCCUUACGACGGCGAGCUGGAGUAUUACCCCGUAUCCAAGGACGUCGGCAAAGUCGGAAACAACUCGCCGGAUUUCAUCGUGCCCGUCAGCAGCAAGGAAAACAAAAGCAACAUUGCGAAUUUCUUCGCCAAUGCGAAGAAGCCGGACCCGGACCCGGACCUAGAUGGUGCUGUAAAGUCAGAGGGCGGAGCGAAGAAAGGUGCUGAUGCACCACCGGUGACGCCCGUCAAAAGGGAGCAUCGGUCUGAGUCGGAGGAGAGUCCCAAGAAGCCCAAGACCGAGGGGUCGUCUGAGAAGAAGAUUGGAGGGACGCCCGGGAGGAAAACCCGUAGUGCUACCUCCGCCCAGCAUGCGAAGACGGGACAUGCUAAACCGACAGACGGGUCGCAGCGGAUCACAAGUUUCUUUGGGAAGUAAAAGCGAAGAGUCUUAUUCGACAUGAAAAACGCGGUACCGGGCUGGACCCGAGCCGCUACUCGGACGAAGGUGAUCUAUAACGCCAACCGUCCAGCAGUUUAGUCAUGAUAAUUAAUGCACACGAUAUGAUACAGUAUUGUACACGAUCCAUAUCCAAGAAUCAUAAUCAUUGUUGAGUCUCCAUCUCACGUAGCUUCUGGACCAAUUUCUGUCGCAUGAACGGAC